GUCGGUUAUGUCUGCGACCCCUCUGCGUAGCAAACGCUUCGCGUUUAUUUCUGGAGAGCGAUCUUCGAGACAGCCAGGAGAGCACACUCGCCUUAACGUUGGCCUGAAACGCUUCAGGUUUUGUUUCUCGCACUUAUCCGACGGUACGAUUGACGAUCAAGGCCAAAACGCUCCUUUUCCCCAGCCUUCUAACCGCUGAGCGUUAGGAAAAGACUGACUCUCUUUUUCAUUGCGCAUGUUCUCGUCUUCUCCACCAGCACAACUGCGCCCAAGUCGCAACAGUCGGCCCAAAAAUAGUGAAAAAGCGGUGAAAAACGGACCGUUUCUAACGGCAUCCUGUGCACGGGGGAUUCAAAUGGACGGUCCACUAACGGUCCCCUAGUUGCCAGGGCAGCGGGGGCAACGUCAAAGGGCUCGCGCGCUGUCUGGCUCACCAAGCUGGCAACGUUCAUGGAGGAUAACAAGGUUAGCCACCCUCCCGAAGAUCCGGCCGAAAUGGACGAAUGUGCGCGGAGCUGGGGAGUCUUCUGCCCUAAACUAGAAACGGUCGGGCUGUAGAGGAACAUCGCACACCGCCGGUUUCCGCGGUGUCCGGUUCUGCCUUAAUAACUGCUGUUUGUGUCCAAAUAGCCGCCUAGCCAUCCCGUUUGUUAUUAGCUAGCUGGGGCUAGCCGAUACCCGAUCGAUCGAUACCCGAUCACGGCUAAUGUAAGCCGACUGUAUACGCUGGUUUGGGAGUCGGCCUACGCCUUUGGGAGACAUAUUUUGGACUCCAGGUCCAGAAGUUGCGUUUAGUUUCUUUCAUCGGUCCUGGGAACAGCAGUCUCGGCUAACGCUAGCUGGCCUGUGUGGAAGCUGAAGUGAACGUGGCUAACACCAGCCAGCGUCGCCCGUCCGCCUGGCCCUCUGCCCACGAUGCCAUGGUCGCAUUAGAUAUCUGCUUUUUAGUUGUGCAAUGCUCGCCGAGUGGCGGUUUUGAGAUCGCGGCGUGGGUCCGAGGUAGCCAUUACACUUCUGGUUUGUAAGGCCGGGCCCAUGGCCCUACCUCGGUUUUGAUGUGAGAGGAGGGGGGGGUAGCAGACGGAUUGAACCUGGCAGCUACCCAGCUCAGCUGAAGUCAUGCAAGCGGCACAGUUCCAGUACGAUUUCUUCAGCGAGGAGAAUGCACCGAAGUGGAGGGGGCUGCUGGUACCAUCGCUGAACAAGGUGCUAAACCAGGUACACCCGAAGCUGUCGUCUCAGGAGGAGGCUCUGCAGUACAUUGAGGAGCUGAUUCUGCUGCUACUGAGCAUGCUCUGUCAAGCCCAGCCUCGCACCGUCCAGGACGUGGCGGAGCGGGUCCAGAAGAGUUUUCCACACCCCAUCGAUAAGUGGGCCAUCGCGGAUGCCCAGGCGGCCAUUGAGAAGAGGAAGAGGAGGAACCCUUUAGCUUUGCCCGUGGAUAAGAUCCAUCCACUUCUCAAGGAGGUACUAGGGUACAAGAUUGACCAUCAGGUCUCUGUGUACAUUGUGGCGGUGUUGGAGUACAUCUCUGCGGACAUCUUAAAGCUAGCUGGAAACUACGUACGAAACAUACGGCACUAUGAGAUCUCGCAGCAGGACAUCAGUGUGGCCAUGUGCGCCGAUAAGGUGCUGAUGGACAUGUUCCAUCAGGACGAGGAGGACAUCAGCGGGUUUCCCUUAAUGGACGAGGAGCCCUCGGCGUCUGAGGAGCAGGCCUACUACGACCUGGUUAAGGCCUUCAUGGCCGAGGUGCGGCAGUACCUGAGGGACCUCAACCUCAUCAUCAAGGUGUUCCGGGAGCCCUUUGUCACCAACAUCAUGCUCUUCUCUCACCACGACGUGGAGAACAUCUUCAGCCGUAUAGUGGACAUCCACGAGGUGACCCUGAAGCUCCUUGGCCUGAUUGAAGACACCGUGGAGAUGACGGACGAGGGGAGCCCUCACCCACUGGUGGGCAGCUGCUUCGAGGAUCUGGCUGAGGAGCUGGCCUUUGACCCCUACGAGACGUACGCUCAGGACAUCCUGCGGCCCGGCUUCCACGACCACUUUCUUAGUCAGCUCUCCAAGCCCGGCGCAGCUUUCUACCUCCAGUCAAUAUGCGAAGGCUUCAAAGAGGCUGUGCAGUACGUUCUGCCUCGACUGCUCCUCACCCCGGUCUACCACUGCCUCCACCACUUUGAGAUCCUCAAGCAACUGGAGGAGAAGAGUGAGGAUGAUGAGGAUAAAGAGUGUCUGAAGCAGGCCAUCACUGCCCUCCUUAACCUGCAGAGCAGCAUGGAGAGGAUCUGCUCCAAAAGUCUGGCCAAGAGGAGGCUCAGCGAGUCGGCCUGCCGCUUCUACAGUCAGCAGAUGAAGGGCAAGCACCUGGCCAUCAAGAAAAUGAACGAGAUCCAGAGGAACAUCGACGGCUGGGAGGGAAAGGACAUCGGCCAGUGCUGUAACGAGUUCAUCAUGGAGGGCACGCUGACCCGCGUGGGGGCCAAGCACGAGCGACACAUCUUCCUCUUUGACGGCCUCAUGAUCUGCUGCAAGUCCAACCACGGGCAGCCGCGCCUGCCUGGAGCCAGCGCUGCCGAGUACAGGCUGAAGGAGAAGUUCUUCAUGCGCAAGGUCCAGAUCAAUGACAAGGAUGACAAGGAGGGCGAGUACCGGCACGCCUUCGAGAUCAUCCUGAAGGAUGGCAACAGUGUGGUGUUCGCCGCCAAGUCUGCGGAGGAGAAGAGCGGCUGGAUGGCGGCUCUGAUCUCGCUGCAGUACCGCUCCACGCUGGAGCGCAUGCUGGACACUGCCAUGCUCCAGGAGGACAAGGAGGAGCAGAUGAGGCUGCCCGGCGCCGAGACCUACCGCUUCGCCGAGCCCGACUCUGAGGAGAACGUGGUGUUUGAGGAGAACGUGCAGUCCAAGUCGGGCAUCCCCGUCAUCAAGGCCGGCACAGUGCUGAAGCUGAUCGAGCGGCUCACCUUCCACAUGUAUGCAGAUCCCAAUUUUGUGAGAACGUUCCUCACAACCUACAGGUCGUUCUGUAAGCCCCAGGAGCUCUUGGAUCUCCUUAUGGAGAGGUUCGAAAUUCCAGAGCCCAAACCCACAGAGGCCGAUCAGAUGGCCAUGGAGAAUGGAGACCAGCCACUCAGUGCUGAGCUCAAACGCUUCCGCAAAGAGUUCGUCCAGCCAGUGCAGCUCAGGGUGCUAAACGUCUGCCGGCACUGGGUGGAGCACCACUUCUACGACUUUGAGCGGGACGCGCAGCUCCUGCGCCGGCUGGAGGAGUUCAUCGGCAUGGUCCGAGGCAAGGCCAUGAGGAAGUGGGUGGAGUCCAUCACCAAGAUCAUCCAGAGGAAGAAGCAGGCACAAGCCAAUGGUCCGAGCCACAACAUCACCUUUGAGAGUUCGCCGCCCCCCAUCGAGUGGCACCUCAGCAAACCGGGCCAGACCGAUCAGUUUGACCUCAUGACCCUGCACCCUAUUGAAAUCGCACGCCAGCUCACACUCCUCGAGUCAGAUUUCUACAGGGCGGUGCAGCCGUCAGAGCUGGUGGGCAGCGUGUGGACGAAAGAGGACAAGGAACUGAACUCGCCCAACCUACUGCGCAUGAUCCGCCACACCACCAACCUCACGCUUUGGUUUGAGAAGUGUAUCGUUGAGACAGAGAACCUGGAGGAGCGAGUAGCCGUGGUGUCCCGCAUCAUCGAGAUCCUGCAGGUCUUUCAGGAACUCAACAACUUCAAUGGCGUACUGGAGGUGGUCAGUGCCAUGAACUCCUCCCCAGUCUACCGGCUUGACCACACGUUUGAGCAAAUACCAAGCAGACAGCGAAAGAUCUUAGAAGAGGCACAUGAACUCAGUGAGGACCAUUAUAAGAAAUAUCUCGCCAAACUCAGGUCUAUUAACCCCCCCUGCGUGCCCUUCUUUGGGAUCUACUUGACCAAUAUUCUGAAAACGGAGGAAGGCAACCCAGACUUCCUGAAGCGGCACGGCAAAGAGCUGAUCAACUUCAGCAAGCGGCGGAAAGUGGCGGAGAUCACCGGUGAGAUCCAACAGUACCAGAACCAGCCGUACUGCCUGCGGGUGGAGAAUGACAUCCGGAAGUUCUUCGAGAACCUGAACCCCAUGGAGGACAUGAUGGAAAAGGAGUUUGCCGACUAUCUCUUCAACAAGUCCCUGGAGAUCGAGCCCCGCAACGCGCGCUCCCUGCCGCGAUUCCACAAGAAGUACAGCUGCCCGCUGAAGUCGCCAGGCGUGCGGCCGUCAUCCAGCCGCCCGGGCCCCAUGCGCCACCCGACGCCCCUGCAAAACGAGCCGCGGAAGAUCAGCUACAGCCGCAUCCCCGACAGCGAGACGGAGAGCAGUGCGGCGUCUGCGCCCAACUCCCCGCGCACGCCCCUCACGCCGCCUCCUGCCUCCACCGCCUCCAGCUCCACCGACAUCUGCAGUGUCUUCGACUCGCCGCACGGCCCCUCCAGUCCCUUCCACUCCAACAGCGACACCAUUUUUGCCCCGGUUUCUCUGCCUCAUGGUCCACGAUCAUCAUCAGUGUCCUCCAUGGUGAGUUUCCACAGGAGCACAGAUGACGCCCCCAUCCCUCCCCCUGUCCCACCCCGCCGCCGACCUGACUCUGCCCCUGCUGAGUCCUCACCCUCAAAGAUGAUGUCGAAGCACUUGGACAGCCCUCCAGCCAUCCCCCCAAGACAGCCCACCGGCAAGGCUUACUCGCCGCGCUACUCCGUCACGGACCGCACCUCCGUGUCGGAGCCGCCCGACAGCCCGCCCACACUACCCCCCCGGGAGCCCGUGCGCACACCGGACGUGUUCUCCAGCUCGCCGCUGCUGCUGCAGCCGCCGCCACAGGGGCGGCGCAGCGAGCAGAGCCACUUCUUCCCACCCUCGCCCUUCCCCUCGCUGCCCCCGCAGAUGCCCUCUCCGCUGGGUCCGCGGAAGCACCUUCCCUCGCCACCGCUGCCGCCCACCGAUGGCGAGACGCCGCAGUGCGCUGCCGGACCCCCUCUGCCCCCCCGCCUCAGCACCUCACAGACCACCAUACCCAAGCUCCCCCCGAAGACCUACAAAAGGGAGCCGGCGCACCCGUCUGUGCACCGCGAUGGCCCGCCGCUCCUGGAGAACGCCAACCCAUCAUAAAAUGCCACCCGCCGCUCGGUUCGGCUAACACUACAGACUGAGGCAGAGAGCGGCAAAGUGACAAAUGACUGCAAACUAUUGGAAGAAAUGCCAGUGUUGGACUUUUUUGGGGGAGGGGGGAGAAAAUGACAAAAAAGAUGAUGAAUGGGAAACAAAAUGUGCCCUUAAACCAUUCAAAGAUGAUUCUCUCCCCCCCCCCCCCAGUGGAAACUGUGUUGGGAUUACCAAGCCCUCUUGAGGGUUGACUCAAUGUAUUUUUUUUUUUUCUUUCUCCCCCCCCCCUCCGUCUGUCAUGUAGCUGUUGGUGUGUGUCGUCAUUGUUCAAUGUUUGCUUAUUUUGAUUUUGUUGUUUGUUUAUUUUUGUAUGUUGCUUAUUUUCAGCAGUACUUGUCCAUGACAUGAAAUUCCCUCUCCCUGCACAGUUUAAGCCGGGACCUAAUUAAAAAAAACAACAAAAAAAACAACAAACCCCACACCCACGCACACCAUGUAAAACACACAAAAAAGCUGGAUCACAAAAGACUGUUGACCAGUUAGAACCAGCUCUGAAACGACUUUCUGAACAGUUCUCUUAAAGGAGAGGGGAUUUGGCACUAAAUAGGACUGCAUAAAGACUGGAUGCCAAUGUCUGCCUAUGGGAGAGGACUUUGGAGGCCAGCGCAGUGCUGCUCGACCAAUGGGGAGGGGGGGGGGUCUCUUUUUCCAUCAGGGCCUCCCCUCCAAUGAAAAGGGGUCUGGGAGUCAUUCAGACAACAGCUGUGUUCUAUGCUUUGAUCCGCCUCAGGCUAAACCGAAGGCGGUUUGUGUGCCAGUAGCGUCGAGUACCACAAGUAAAAAUGAAAAAUAUAUAAAUACAUGAAAAAACAGGUACCCUCCCACACCAAAGAGGUACUUCCAAGCAUUCAGGAAACACAAAAAAGUGAUCAUUUGUCCUUUGUGUUAGAAGUUUUAUUUUCUGAAUCAUUUCUGUUUUGCCAAUAAGUAUGUAAAAAGAAGAAAAAAAGAUGGUCCUCUUAAAACGAAGGGAAUAAAAGUGUUUCUACCACCUUA